AUGGACGCGAGCAGCCGCUUGAGGCGACGGCUGAGGAUGCUCAAAUCAAGCACCUGCUUGCAGGCGCUGGCAGCUGCCUCUGCUGUACCUGGAUUGUUCCCAGAGGUUCUUCAGCUUCUGACCUUGGGCAUCACUUGCAGGAAGUCUGGAGCGGAGAUUUGCCUUGCAGCUUUGGAAUCAGCAAUGCAGCGGCUGCCCAGCCCUCCGCUUGAGUCCUCGAGGACUUCAACGGCUAUGGCAGUUGCAGUACACCAAGCAACAGAGGCAGUUCUGAAACUGCCAGGCAGUUGGCAGAACCCUGCUGUGUUGAAGGCGCUUUUCGCGCUUUGGACGCGUGGUCUUGCAGCUGGGCCAGGAGGAUGCUUCGCUGGUUGA